AAGAAUUGAUUGAAACGGUUCAACUUGAGAGGAGUGUAAAGAAGGCCAGGAAAACGGAAGUGACGUAGCUUCAAGUGGACGCCUUCAAAUGACCUCAUAAAGAGCUCGUCUCUUCAUUGGUUGGAUGUGCACGAGUCGUUUUUGGCAUUGACUUCCCGUCCGGCAGCGGAGAAGCGCGACGAUGACAGCGGCAGCUGGAGCCGCAGUGGCGUGGAGGCCCCCCCGAUCAUGUGAGGACUACUGGAGCGAAUGGAAGCACUGCAAGAGCCUGUGGAAUCGCUUCCACCACUACUACGCUUUCGGCACCUCUCUCACCUGCCGCCAAUGGAAGGCCGACUACGAGGCCUGCCGAGAGUGGGAGAAAGAGUCCAGCGCCGAGGCCAAGGAAUUGCUCCAGCAGAGUGAAAGAGCCCGUGUGGCAGAACAGAAUAAGUUUGCCCCAGUCUGGCAGCUCCGGCAGAAACCUCCAGAUGACUGGUACCUCCCGCUGGACCACAGCAAGCCCCAGGACUCCUGAGAUACCUCCACUGUGACCAUUUCUAUUGGACCUGCAAAUGCUGUCACCUGCCUCACCUGUGAAAUGGUUUUCGUUUGUACCGUGCUGUAUUACUGCUUUUGGAAACUUCCAGCGUGUUGCCAUUUGACUUAGUACGUAUCUGUUUUAGACUGAAACCAGGCAGUUUGCCUUUUUUUUUUUUUAAAUUUUUUUAAACAACACUUUCAUGCAGUGA